GCAAGUCAUUGGAGGGUUUGAGGGAACCAUGGCCAGUGGCUUUGGCACACCAAAAUCUGACAAGGAGGUUGAGUCCCCGCGAAAGAGCUUUAACGUCGAGCCCGGAUUUCUAUGGAAAGGCGGUGAGGAGAUGAUGCCACAGCUGCUUGAGGAGCAGCAUGCAGAGGUCAUGCAUACCUUGCAAAACCAUGGGGAGAUGCUCUAUCAGGUCCUUGCCCGGCUCGCCAAGGGUGGGUUGCCUUCACCGCACCAGCCUCGACGUGCCCCUCUGCGGACUUGCACUGAAGACUCGGACGAUGGGCUUGUUUUACACAGCGAUUCGGACUUGGUGGGUCAGCAGCAUUCCGACUCUGGAAUCUUGCCCAUGCCGCGCACUCUUCGAUUUGAGAACAAAAACAAGCCCAUUAUUGCAAAGGCGCAGACCAGCAAAAGGAACAUGGCUGUGCCCCGCAAGCCCAAGAGAGAUUCAUUCACUCCUCAGCUCUUCAAGACGUUCUCGCAGACAGACGUCAAGCUCCGGAACAAUGCGAAAGCGGCAGACAAGAUCCAUACGACAGAGAUGGCUGGAACUACACAACGGCGCUGGGCACAGAAAAUUGUAAAUCAUCCCGCCUUUGACUGCUUUUUCACGCUGGUCGUCAUAUCCAACUCCCUGUUUAUCGGCGUCGAACUGCAAGUCAGCGUGGAUACGCAAGGGGGAGAAACACCGUUGUUCAUUCAAUUGAUGCUGUACCUCUACACAGCGCUUUUUGUGCUGGAGCUCUGGUUUCGGCUUGCAGCCGAUCGCUGCAAGUUCCUUUUUGGAGAGGAUUGGGCCUGGGCAUGGCUGGAUAUCUUCAUCGUGGUCACUAGUUUGUGGGAGGUGGUAAUUGAGGUGCUGUCAAGCUUCAAGGGGGAGGGCAACGAAAGUAUCUUUGGAGCUUUCACAAGUCUCAAGGCGGUCCGUGUAGUUCGCAUCACUCGGAUAGUGAAGGUGUCUCGUUUGGUACGCAUCUUCCGCUUCAUCCUAGCACUCAGGACUCUGAUAGCCUCCAUCGUCCACACCCUGAAAUCUCUGGUCUGGGCGCUGCUCCUAUUGGCCCUGAUAGCUUAUGUGUUUGCCGUCCUGUUCAUGCAAGCUGUGAACGACUACAUUCAGGAUGGCGGCUAUUUACCGGAUCGAGAGCUACUAGAAGCACAGGUCCACUUUGGCACCAUUGGUGACACCAUGCUGGGCCUUUUUAUGAGCAUCACUGGUGGUGUGAAUUGGCAAGAUGUUUUGGGCCCUUUGAAAUUCAUCAACACAAUCUGGGUCUUUCUGUUCCUCUUCUACAUAGCGUUUACAUAUUUUGCAGUGCUCAAUGUGUUGACUGCGGUAUUUUGUCAGUCAGCUAUAGAUGGUGCGCAAAAUGACCAUGCUUCUAAAGUGCAUGCGGUGCUUGCGAACAAGGAGGCGCACUUGGAAAAAAUCCAUGACCUUUUCAGCAAAUUUGGUGCAGAUGACGGCGUCAUCACAUUCAGCAUGUUUCAGAAGAAAAUAAACUCUCCAGAAGUGCGUGAAUAUUUUCAGACUUUGGGUCUUGAUGUGUGGGAUGCCUGGACUUUCUUCAAGCUUCUGGACAAAGACAAUGGCGGAGCUGUGGAAGUGGAAGAAUUCUUGAUGGGUUGUCUCCGUUUGCGUGGUCAAGCAAGCGCCAUGGAUGUUGGGAGGAUCAUCAACGACCAAACUUGGUUGAUCAAAACCCAAGGCAAGUUCCACGCCUACAUGGAGGUGGAACUGAAACAGAUAAAGGAACAACUCUCUGCCCUCACAGGUUGCAACAGCAUGACCGAUGAACACAUAGGCUUCAUUUUCGCAUCGCACAAUUUGGGAGACAGUGAUGACUCCGAUGCCGGCUCUUGUGCUGACGGCCACACCCCAAAGUUGUAGAUGAUGUUGAAUUUCUUUGUUCAGAUCCGGAUGCUUCAGCUUCGGCGUGCUUGCCGCUGGCUGCUGCGGUGGCAGCGUGCGUGUUCAUUGCAAAACCCUGUGCUGUCAGCAGCUGUUUUCAACCGUCCUGGUGACGGGUGCAAACUUCGGAAACAGGCAGGUUGGACUGCCUCGGUUUCACGCUUGGACUUUUGAAGCCUCAGAAAGAGGCAUGGUUUUGCAAGUGCGCCAACAGAAGUGCAGUGGACUGCACAUUGUGAUCCACAGCCUGACCAGUUCUAAAGGAACUUGGCUCUUGCACCUCUGAAAGUGUUUGAAGAAAACGACCAUACAAACCGUCCGCAAAGUGGAUGUGUUAAGUUUGAAAAGUAGUGCCUGUACUAUUGCUGUCGAAUGCGUGAAACAUGCUUGGG